AUGGAUCCUAUAGCUAAUUGCAUUGUAGCAAAAGAGUAUUUAAGCCGAAUUUGAAUCGUCCGGGAAAGGUCUUGUGGACCGUUUUCGUCGCUGACGAGUUCAUGUGAGGAGCAGCUUUGCCAAGGGAUAUUUUGAUUCCAGACCACUACAAUGAAGUACAUCCUAGUUACUGGAGGAGUCAUCUCAGGCAUUGGCAAAGGCAUCAUUGCAAGCAGCGUGGGCACAAUCCUCAAGUCAUGCGGUUUGCAUGUGACGGCCAUCAAGAUUGACCCCUAUAUCAAUAUAGAUGCUGGCACAUUUUCACCCUAUGAGCACGGUGAGGUGUUUGUGCUGGACGACGGGGGCGAGGUGGACCUAGAUCUGGGAAAUUAUGAGCGCUUCCUGGACAUCCGGCUAACCAGAGACAACAACCUAACCACCGGCAAGAUCUAUCAGUCAGUCAUCAACAAGGAGAGGAGGGGAGAUUACCUGGGCAAGACUGUGCAGGUGGUGCCACACAUUACAGAUGCCAUCCAGGAGUGGGUGGUGAACCAAGCCAGAGUACCUGUUGAUGAUGUAGAACCUCAAAUUUGUGUAAUAGAGUUGGGAGGCACUGUUGGAGACAUUGAGAGUAUGCCUUUCAUUGAGGCCUUCAGGCAGUUCCAGUUUAAGGUGAAGAGAGAGAACUUCUGUAACAUUCAUGUCAGCCUGAUACCACAGCCCAGUGCAACAGGAGAGCAGAAGACUAAACCAACGCAGAACAGUGUCAGAGAGCUCAGAGGCCUGGGUUUGUCUCCUGAUCUGAUCAUGUGUCGCUGUUCUGCUCCUCUGGAGAACUCAGUCAAAGAAAAGAUAUCAAUGUUCUGCCAUGUAGAACCUGAACAGGUCAUCUGUGUGCACGAUGUCGCAUGCAUCUACAGAGUUCCGUUACUGCUGGAGGACCAGGGCGUGGUGGGCUACCUCAGCCGGCGGCUCAAAAUGCCCAUAGAGGCCCAACCCAGGAAGCUGCUGACCAAAUGGAAGGAGAUGUCUGACAGGUCAGACAGACUUUUAGAGCAUUGCUCUAUAGCGCUGGUGGGGAAGUACACCAAGUUCUCCGAUUCCUAUGCCUCUGUUAUCAAGGCUCUGGAGCACUCAGCACUGGCCAUUAGCCAUAAGUUGGAAGUCAAGUUUAUAGACUGUGCUGGCCUGGAGCCAGCCACUCUGCAAGAGGAACCAGUCAAAUACCACCAGGCCUGGCAGAAACUUUGUAGCGCUGAUGGCAUCCUGGUUCCUGGAGGAUUUGGCGUUAGAGGAACUGAAGGGAAGAUCCAUGCCAUCAACUGGGCGAGGAUACAGAAGAAACCAUUUUUAGGGGUGUGCCUUGGAAUGCAGUUGGCUGUGUGUGAAUUUGCUAGGAACGUCCUCGGCUGGAAAGAUGCAAACUCCACUGAAUUCGACCCAGAAUCAAAGCAUCCUGUGGUGAUUGAUAUGCCUGAACACAACCCUGGGCAAAUGGGCGGGACGAUGAGGCUGGGAAGGAGACGGACCAUAUUCAAGUCCAACACCAGUGUAUUGCGCCAGCUUUAUGGAAAUGUCGAGUAUGUUGAUGAAAGGCACAGACAUCGCUUUGAGGUCAACCCUGAGCUCAAGAGUCACUUUGAAGAGAAGGGCUUCCACUUUGUAGGUGAAGAUGUUGAGGGGGAGAGAAUGGAGGUCAUAGAGCUGGAUGAUCAUCCAUAUUUCGUUGGAGUACAGUACCACCCCGAAUUCACCUCUCGUCCCAUCAAACCAUCACCCCCAUACUUGGGUCUGCUGCUGGCCGCCAGCGGGAAGCUGCAGGGCUACUUGCAUAAAGGCUGCCGCCUGUCUCCAAGGGAAAACUACAGUGAUCGGAGUGGGAGCAGCACCCCAGACUCUGAGAUAUCAGAGCUCAAGAUGCCUUCCAUUUCACCGCAGUGAUGUCUGUGAAAG